UCCUCUCUCAUGGGUCUUGAGAGCGGGACAUAAGAUUGCCGAGUGGCAAAGGAAGGGAUCAGAAGCUGUGCAGCAGGCGAGCGGGAGUGUCGGACUGUGGGCGCCGCCGCUAUCAACAGUUCAGCUGGGCCGUCAGGGAGAGUAGCCGGGCCGCCAGGCUGACGCAGGCGGCAGAUGGCACGAUGCGACACAGUGGCGGUGGACAGCAAGGGAUGGCCAACAAGGCGACUGGCGGACUGGUGGCGUCUCUGCGGCUUGCGGACUUCACAAAGAAUUUUUACAUUCUGGAAUCAGCGUACAAGUGAAUCUAAAAUUCUGCAGAUGGAUGUCAUGAAGUUGCAGCAGAAUGAUAAAGAAGCAGUUCUCCUGGCGGAAGAACUCCUGGAAUCUCUGAAGGAUGCUGUUCCGUUAAGACUCCCCCCAUAUCUCCACUAUCUUGAAAGGCAUAGAUCUGCAGCACUAGGAUUUUGGUUUGCUCCUGUCAUCAUCCUGCACCUAAUUAAGGAAUUGAAAGAGGAUUUGAAGAAUGUGCUAGCUGAUAACUACUUUGAAGAUUCGGUGGAGUAUACAGAUCUAUUUGUAAAGGCAUCAAUGCAUCAUAAAAUGAUGACCACCCGCAAGAGAAAAGGGUGUUCCAUGCACGGAGCGGCGAUAAACAGAGGGUAAUCGAAGGGACUAGGAUUGUGGAGGCGGAUGCAAUAACAAGUGUGUUCGCUUCAAAGGUAUUUGCUUCAUAAUAAAAUCAUAAUAGCAAUACUGUGUAGUGAGUAUCAUUAUCAAAUCAAAUGAUAAAAACUCUUUCCUUUUGGAGAUGUUUUCGCCAGAACGAUGGUUAAUUGCUUUUUUCGUUAAUUGGGAUUGUUUCAGCUUCUUCCAAAAAUCCCAACGUAUAGUUUACUGUACAUACUAAAGCUAGAUAGAUCCGUACACAUAUCAAACCUCGAGUGUUUUACAAUAUCCUGAGAUUUGGUUCAGCACAUUUACUAACAAACAAACAAAACUCUUUUCAUUCUCCAAUUGCGUGUAAGGCCAACAAUGAUGGUUGCCUUAUGAAUAAAUCCAACAAUUUUUUUACAUUGACCAGUAUAGUAGCAGGAGAAUCUUGAAGCAAGCCAUAUGAUGUUGGUUCAUCUCCAAUUGUAAGCAAAUCAUCCCCAUUUUCAUAUAUCUUUCUUUUCUCCCUUCAGAGCUUUAAGGAAAACACUUGUACAAAGCUUUAGCCUGUGGACUCGAAUCUUCUUUUCCUCUAGAAGCACAAAGAACAACAAUUACAGUAUAAGAGGAAGGAAUCAAUUGCUAUUGUCAAUUUAUUUACCUGGAGCUGCAUAAUACUCUAAGCCAUUACGAAACAACCCCAUCAAAACCAUGCAUGAAACAUAUAUACAUAUUUAUAGAGUAGUAAAAACAUAAAACUAAUUCCAACAAAAUUACCUGAUCUAUUUCAACCUUGAGCUUUCACCUGUUAUAAAAAAUUAUAUAAAUUAAUUUAUGAUGCUUAGUAAAAUAUAAUACGAAUUAGUUGUAAUUACAAAAAUAUAUACCUCGAUAUCUUGUCGUUUUUUGACCUCCUUCCUUUUUUGGAUUUGAUUUCCCCCUAGAACUUCUUUCGUCAUCGGUCUCAGACCGUUCCUGCUUAAUGAUCCCAACAUACUCUUGUACGUCUCCAAUUGUAGCAAACAACAUAUUUUCUGCUCCAACUUUUAUGUUGUAAUUCGCACUUUUAAAUUCAAACUAUCUCUUACUCCUGAUAUGCUUCCCUCUUUGCUAUUUUGAAUAAUAAUCCGACAUUUUGUUCCAUUUAUCGACCACAGUAUCCAUCCAAAACUUAUCACGGUCUGUUAGAACCAUGUUAAUACCUCAGAAACACCCCCACUUUCCUCCAAUUGUGUAUAAUGUGCUCUCUAAUCGAAUUUGAUCUCGUUGCUUCGCAAAAAAUCAUUAUGAUUAUGAUGAGACUGGCUGCUAUCUUUUUUCGAUGCAUACUUAAAUCUACAUUCAUUUUUAGCAUUGAUAAAAAAACUAUCAAGUUGAUAACAUCAUUCUUUGCUUUUGGAAUCUCAUCCAGUGAAGCAAUAUUGGAUGCACUUAGUAAACUCCUGUGAGAAAUCGUUAUUGGCAGUGCACUAGAAUCACCUAUGUCAAUUUGGCUCUCUCCUAGGUUAAACCAAUCCCUAGCACUAUUUCUAAUACCAAUCAAGUAGAUGUCGUGAUAAACUUACCCAUACAAUUGUAUUCUCUUGUAUUCUGUUCACAAGAAAAGUUCACAUGUAUUUAUUUUCAUUUUUUUUUUCAUUUGCAAGAGGUUUAAGGAGUACAUUUAUAUUGACAAUUCUCCUUCCAACCUCUAAGAUAUCUCGCCAAUCAGUUACAAAAGCACCACAACCUUCUGUAGCACGGGAAACAUCAAAAGUAGACUCUUGCUCAAAAGAAUUUGGAUUAUUGAGAUUCUGCGAAUAAUCUCAUUUCAAUUUAAACUAAAUCAGUGCACUAACAACAUUAAACUUUCACCAAUUACCUUAUUGUGAAUACAUUUUAUAUGUGUGGGCAACACUUUGAAAUACACGUAUAUAUAGUGGAAAACCGUACGAUUCAGUUGAGUCCUUUGCCUUUAGGUCCAACAAAAAAAAAUUUCAAAAUUCGGGUCCAAAAGUCAUAAAAAAGGUCAAACAUGACAUUUUGGGGCUGAGGAGAGUGGGAGAGGGUUUGGUAUACUUUCUAAUAAAUUACAAAAGUCUAACAAAUAUUACUACACAAAGUUUCAUACCAAUUAAAAACUGCAUGAAUGAAUGAUUUUCCUAAGAGCAUAAUAAAUUAGAAUAAAAUCCUGAAAGUUGGAAGGAACACUUUCCUUAUUUCUUGAAAGUGUGGAACAAUUCAAAAUUAUAUAUGAACAAACACACACAUAUAGGCAGGCACGUACUAAAUUACUAAUCAAUAUACCUCUUGUUUAUGAUCCAUUUUCUUGGUCAACAGAUGUAACAUGUCAGACAAUAUAAUGUAAAAAAAAGAAUGCUGAUUAAACAUGCUUCAAAUUGAAUAAAUUUGUUUUUAUUUAUAAAAACUAUACAACUUGUACUCCAGGCUUUGACAAGAAAACUAAUAACAGUGUAGGCAAAAUACUAGGUUUGUACUUUGUAGUGAAUAUUUUAACCAUCUGAUGCACGUUUUAUUAGUAAACUAAUGUUGAGUAACUCUGUCUCUGUUUUCAUGUUAUAGGAAAAUGCUUUGUAGUGAAUAUUUUAACCAUUUGAUUCUACUGAUUUAUGAAAAAAUUAUAUUUAAAAUACUUGUUGUUAAUAAAUACAAUAAAAAAAUAUAUGAAAAAGGAGCUAAAAUGAUACUUUACAGUAACUUCAGCCAAUACAGCCAGAAAAGUAACUUCAACUUUACUUUUUCUUAUUAUUACGCAAUUCAGCACUGAUUUAGUUUAUGAUCCAAUCACGAAAAGGUAAUUGGAAUGAGAUUAUUUGCAGAAUCUCAAUGAUCAAAAAUUCUUUUAAGCAAGAGUCUACUUUUGAUACCACCCGUGCUACAGAAGGUUAUGAUGCUUUUGUAACUGGUUGGCGAGAUACCUUAGGGGUUGGAAGGAGAAUUGUCAAUAUAAAUGUACUUUCUAAACCUCCUGCAAAUUAAAAAAAAUGCAAAUACAUACAUGUGAACUUUUCUUGUGAACAAAAUGCAAGAUAAUACAAUUGUGUGGGUAAGUUUUAAUACUACGACCGGUACUUGAUCGGUAUUAAGAAUAGUGUUGGGGAUUGGUUUAGCCUAGGAGAAAACCAAGUUGACACAGGUGACUCACUGCACUACCAAUAACGGUUUCUCAUAAAAGUUUACUAAGUGCAUUCAAAAUUGCUUCAUUGGAUGAGGUUCCAAAAGCAGAGAAUGAUGUUAUCAACGCGAUAGUUUUUUUAAUCAAAACUAAAAACGAAUGUAGAUUUAAGUAUGCAUCGAAAAAAGAUAGUAGCCAGUCUCAUCAUAAUCAUCAUGGUUUUUGCAAAGCAACCGGAUCAAAUUCAAUUAGAGGACAUAUUAUGCACAAUUAAGAGGAAAAUGGGGCUGUUUCGGAGGUAUUUAAAGACAUGGGUUCUAAGUGACCGUGAUAAGCUUUGGAUGGAUACUUUGGUCGAUAAAUGAAACAAAAUAUCAGAGAUUCUUAUUCAAAAUAGUAAAGAGUGGAGCAUACCAGGAGUAAGAGAGUUUGAAUUUAAAAGUGCUAUGUUACAACAUAAAAGUUGGAGCAGAAAAUAGGUUGCUUGCUACAGUUGGAGACGUACAAGGGGAAAUUGGGAUCAUUAAGCUGGAACGGUUCGAGGCCGAUAAAAAAGCAGUUCUAGAGGGAAAUCAAAUAAAAAAAAGAGAUAAAAAAACUGCAAGAUAUUAAGGUAUAUAUUUUUCAAAUUUUGUAAUUACAACCACUUCGUAUUAUAUUUUACUAAGCACCGUAAACUAAUUUCUAUCAUUUUUUAAUAGGUAAAAACUCAAGGGUGAAAUAGAUCGGGUAGUUUUUCUAGGAAUUAGUUGUGUUUUUCCUCUACAGUAAUGUAUAUAUGUUUCAUGCAUGGUUUUGAUGGGGUUGUUUCGUAAUGACUUAGAAUAUUUUGCAGCUCCAGUUGACUAAAUUGGCAAUAGUCAUUGAUUCCUUCCUCUUAUACUGUAAUUGUUUUUUGUGCUCUAGAGGAAAAAAAGAUUUGAGUCCACAUGCUGAAGCUUUGGCUUACAAUAAAUCGUUCUGGCGAAAACAUGUCCAAAAAGAAAGAGUUUUUAUCUUUUGAUAAUGAUACUAACUUCACACUAUUGCUAUUAUGAUCUUAUUAUGAAGCAAAUACCUUUGAAGUUUCACCCAGAAGCGAACACACUUGUUAUUGCAUCAACCUGCACAAUCCCAGCCCCUUCGAUUACCCGAUGCUUAUCGUCGUUCUCCGCAAGGAACGACCCUUUUUUCUUGUGGGUGGUCAUCAUUGUAUGAUGCCUUUAAAUAUAUAAAGCAUGCGGGUCAUUGUUUAUCCAUCCACAAAUGGAAGCAUACAAUUACUUCUCUGGGCAGAAGAGUAGUAAUGGGAUUCAAGUUCUUUAAGGGUAGCAGCAGCCUCCUCUCCAACCCCAGCUAAUACCCGGUCAGUCUUCUCGGCAAGUUGGUUGAAUUCUUCAGUUCUUUGCUCCACAUGGUCGUUUAAGGAAGCAAAUCCAGAAAAGAUGGCUGUUUGUUUCAACUCCGAAACCAACUUUAGCAACGAGUCAGCUGCCUGAACCUGUGUUUAUUCAUUGAAGAGAUCUAGAACAACCACAUGAAUAUUUGAACAACAAAGAAGAAAAUCCACUCAAACCAAGCAGGGUUUAUAUUGUGCCUACAAAACUUCAACUAUGCAAAAAAACUUGAUCUGGGAAGAACUAGAUUCUCACCCGUGCAAUGCACGAGAUUUUUUUAGUAACUAUGUAUUAUGUAUUAUUAUUUGCUUAAGAUAAUAAUAAUAGUACAUGAUAGUUUUGAAACAAAUGCAAUGUGUAAAUGCAUUGAAAGAAAGUUUAAUAAAUAUUAAGAAUUUAUAAACUAGAAGAGUCAAAUCAUAAUGUUGAUGGUAAAAGGACGGACGGUAGUCAAUAUUACAAUCAUAACGUAUUAUCAAUUUAUCAUAAAUA